AUGUCCGUUUUAAUGGUUGAUUCAGAAGAGUAUCAAGUAACAGGUCCAAGAUCACAGUGUGUUGUGAAUGUUAAACAUAAAACUUGUGCAUCCAGGAAGUGGGAUUUGACAGGGAUGCCUUGCAAACAUGCAGUUGAAGCCAUAUGGGACAUGUUAAGGAAUAGCAUUGAUGCUAGCAUACCAGAAGAGUGGGUUUCUAAUGUGUAUUGGUUGUCAACAUGGAAGAAAGUUUAUGACAAUGUGAUAGAGCCAAUCAACGGGCCGGAGAUGUGGACUCCUUCAGAGUGUCCAACAACACUCAUCCCACCAAAGUAUCAUACACAAGUUGGAAGGCCAAAGAAGAAACGAAGGAAGGCAUUUGGUGAAAAAGAGCUUGAGCAGGAGUUCGACAAAGGAGGUAAAAUGACCAGAAAAGGAACCAUCAUCAGGGGGUGA